CUGGAGACCGCACGGGGCGGCGGACGAGGUGCGGCAGCUGUGGCCCAGGGCACCUCUCCCCGGCUUCCCGAACCCUGCCCCGUCCGACCGGAAAGGGAGGAUGGAAACACGAGCCGCGCUCUGAGCUCCUCUGGAAAUAACACUUUUCCCGCCACAUCGCCCCGCGGUCCACGAGUCCGUCUUCCAGAGCGGGGCCGAGCGGAAAGGCGAGCAAUGGCGGAUAAGCUGAGGAGACUGGUCUCCAACGAAUCUUUAAGAUCGAUGCAGGACCAGCUAGAGUCCUGGCUGAGGGAGUACAACACGAACUCAUGUGAUCAAAAUCUAAAUCAUUGCCUCGAACUCAUUGAACAAGUCGCCAAAGUGCAGGGACAACUCUUUGGGAUCUUCACUACAACAGCCCAAGAAGGAGGACAUUAUGAUGGUGUGGAAACAAUCAAAUCACGCCUUUUGCCUUGGCUGGAGGCCUCCUUUACUGCCGCUUCCCUAGGAAAACCUGUCGACAGCAAGGUCCCCUCUCUACAGGACACGUCUGAUAAGGACAGACAUAAAGAGUUUGGCGCUCGGAAUCGGGACAUACAACAAUUAGAUGCUGAUUUGAAUGCAACUCGUAAUCAACUCAACCAGGUUCAAGAUGAUAUGGCUGAAACUGAAAAGACUCUUGAAGAAACCAAGAACAGAUCGGCCCUUCCGACUGCAGAGGAGGAAAUAAAUCAGCUAAGAAAGCAGCUUAAAUCUCUUCAAGCCCAGGUAGAAUCUUGCCAUGGACACUCAGAGCAUAGGAGCUCAGAGAAGCAGGGCUCCGAGCGUAGGAGAGAGGAGCUGCGGGGCUCGGAGCAGAUGGGCGCGGACAGGUGGAGCGUAGACCAGCGGAAGGCAGAAGCGAUAUGCGAUUAUGAGAAACAGUUCCGAACGCUGAAGGACGAGAUAGCUGUUCUGUCCGCUGAAAAAUCUGUACUCCAAGGAAGGUCCGCCAGGAGCCGGUCUCCGAGCCCUGACCCUCGCAGCCGCGGCCGCAGUCGCAGUCACAGCCGCAGCCGCAGAAGGUCCACCAGCCCCUCCCCCGCGGUCGCGAAGGUCAAGAGCCCGUCUCCGAGUCGCGCCAAACUGUCCAGCGUGGCGCGCAAGGCCGCCCUGCUGUCCCGGUUCAGCAACGCCUAUUCCCAGGCCCGCCUGGAUGCGCAGUGCCUGCUGCGGCGCUGCAUCGACAAAGCCGAGAUGGUGCAGCGGAUCAUCUACAUCGCGGCAGUGGAGGCGUUCCAUGUAGCUAAAGUGGCAUUCAGACACUUCAAGAUCCGUGUGAGGAAAUCGCUGACAUCGUCUUAUGCAGGGUCAAAUGACUUUGAGGAUGCUGUCUUGGAUUAUAUAAUUUAUCAUCUUGAUCUAUAUGAUUCCCAAAGCAGUGUUAAUGAUGUGAUCCGAGCCAUGGAUAUCAAUCCCAAGAUUUCAUUCCCUCCUGAAGUUGACUUUUGCCUCCUCAGUAACUUCAUCCAGGAGAUAUGUUGCAUUGCCUUUGCAAUGCAGACUUUAGACCCACCCCUCGAUAUUGCAUUUGGGGCCGAUGGAGAAAUUUUUAAUGAUUGCAAGUACCGUCGAAGCUAUGACUCCGAUUUCACGGCUCCCUUGGUCUUCUAUCAUGUGUGGCCUGCUCUCAUGGAGAAUGACUGUGUCAUUAUGAAGGGAGAAGCUGUCACCAGGAGAGGGGCUUUUUGGAAUUCAGUGCGAUCUCUAAGUCGAUGUCGAAGCAGGAGUUUAAGUCCCAUCUGCCCUCGUAGCCGUAUUAGUUUAAGCACAAUAUCUCGAAGCCGGAGUCCUUCUCCGAUAAGGUGUGGAUUACCAAGGUUUUAAAACCACCAGCCAUGUUCCUCUGCCCAGAACGUGGGAAACGGCCAACUUACCCAGUACCUCCACCUGCCUGCUGUCUGCCUCAGACCUCACUUAAGAUAAUGUGAAAAGUCAAUUCUGUGUAUCACUUCAAACAGAGAGUUAAAUGUUUUGGCUUAGUGCAUUUGUAACUUCAGAUAUAUUGCAUUUGAUUUUAUUUUAUAGAUACAGAUUCUAUUAAUUUGAUAAAAAAAAAUUGCCUAGGUAUUUAGGAUCAUAUUCAUUCGAAGCAAAGUCCAUUAUACAGGAUUCUCAUCCUGAAAUAUGGGGCUCUUUUAUAGCAACUACAAGAACUAAAGUGGAAAAUCUUUACCGUGCUGAGUUCAAAAGACAAGAGGAGUCAUUUCAGUUUAUAAACUGAUCAUAAAUAUUAUAAUUGCUGGUUUUAGCUUUAAAUGGAAAACAAUCUGGGGUGUUUUCAUUUUCUUUGGGGGUUUGGAAGACAGCCCUAGUCUCAGGUUGGAGAACUUAUAGCAUAGCAGUGACUUCAGGCUAAACUAAAUAAAUGUAGGUGGUGAUGAUUUAGGAGAAUAUAGUUCAUUGGCUUGCUUCUCUUUUCUUACUGUGAAGUGCCCAGUGUGGCUAAGUUGAGCACUGUUUAUUGAAGCUACUUACUUGAGAGAAUUCUCUUGCUUCAUAAAUGCAGAGCUGUGAUUUGGAUAGAAGCCAGUUUGGAGAUAAAUUUUAAUUACCUUGUGUUUAUC